AUGCCAUUAAAUAGUAAAAGCUUGUCCAAAAAAGCGUGUGACGGUAAGUGCCCGUGCAAAAAGCCUACUCCAACCUACAAGCCACCCACGAAAAGGCAAUGCAAAUGCAGUCCAGGUGAUUAUGGAUGCCGUUGUCCUACGUUUUCACCACCAACCAAAGGGCGAUGUAAAUGCGUUCCAGGUGAGUAUGGAUGCCGUUGCCCUACGCUUCCACCACCUUCAGCUUUGCCACCGACCAAGAAGCCACCAACAACAGGGCGAUGUAAAUGCGUUCCAGGUGAUAAUGGAUGCCGUUGCCCUACGCUUCCACCACCAACCAAAGGGCGAUGUAAAUGCGUUCCAGGUGAUUAUGGAUGCCGUUGCCCUACGCUUCCACCACCAACCAAAGGGCGAUGUAAAUGCAUUCCAGGUGAUUAUGAAUGCCGUUGUCCUACGUUUCCACCACCAACCAAAGGGCAAUGCAAAUGCGUUCCGGGUGAAUACGGAUGCCGUUGUCCUACGCAUCCACCACCAACCAAAGGGCGAUGCAAAUGCGUUCCAGGUGAUUAUGGAUGCCGCUGCCCUACACAUACACCACCUUCAACCUUGCCACCGACCAAGAAGCCACCAACAACAGGGCGAUGUAAAUGCGUUCCAGGUGAUUAUGGAUGCCGCUGCCCUACACGUGCACCACCUUCAACCUUGCCACCGACCAAGAAGCCACCAACCAAAGGGCGAUGUAAAUGCGUUCCAGGUGAAUAUGGAUGCCGUUGCCCUACGCUUCCACCACCAACCAAAGGGCGAUGUAAAUGCGUUCCAGGUGAUUAUGGAUGCCGUUGCCCUACUAGUACACCACCUUCAACCUUGCCACCGACCAAGAAGCCACCAACAACAGGGCGAUGUAAAUGCGUUCCAGGUGAUUAUGGAUGCCGUUGCCCUACACGUACACCACCUUCAACCUUGCCACCGACCAAGAAGCCACCAACCAAAGGGCGAUGUAAAUGCGUUCCAGGUGAAUAUGGAUGCCGUUGCCCUACGCUUCCACCACCAACCAAAGGGCGAUGCAAAUGCGUUCCAGGUGAUUAUGGAUGCCGCUGCCCUACACGUACACCACCUUCAACCUUGCCACCGACCAAGAAGCCACCAACAACAGGGCGAUGUAAAUGCGUUCCAGGUGAUUAUGGAUGCCGUUGCCCUACGCUUCCACCACCAACCAAAGGGCGAUGUAAAUGCGUUCCAGGUGAUUAUGGAUGCCGUUGCCCUACGCAUCCACCAACAACCAAAGGGCGAUGUAAAUGCGUUCCAGGUGAUUAUGGAUGCAGCUGCCCUACGCGUACACCACCUUCAACCUUGCCACCGGCCUACAAGCCAACAACAACAGGGCGAUGUAAAUGCGUUCCAGGUGAUUAUGGAUGCCGUUGCCCUACGCAUCCACCACCAACCACAGGGCGAUGUAAAUGCGUUCCAGGUGAUUAUGGAUGCCGCUGCCCUACGCGUACACCACCUUCAACCUUGCCACCGGCCUACAAGCCAACAACAAUAGGGCGAUGUAAAUGCGUUCCGGGUGAUUAUGGAUGCCGUUGCCCUACGCAUCCACCACCAACCAUACGGCGAUGUAAAUGCGUUCAAGGUGUUUAUGGAUGCCGUUGUCCUACGCUUCCACCACCAACCAAAGGGCGAUGUAACUGCGUUCCAGGUGAUUAUGGUUGCCGUUGCCCUACACGUACACCACCUUCAACCUUGCCACCGACCUACAAGCCAACAACAAUAGGGCGAUGUAAAUGCGUUCCAGGUGAUUAUGGAUGCCGUUGCCCUACGCAUCCACCACCAACCACAGGGCGAUGUAAAUGCGUUCCAGGUGAUUAUGGAUGCCGCUGCCCUACGCGUACACCACCUUCAACCUUGCCACCGACCUACAAGCCAACAACAAUAGGGCGAUGUAAAUGCGUUCCAGGUGAUUAUGGAUGCCGUUGCCCUACGCAUCCACCACCAACAACAGGGCGAUGUAAAUGCGUUCCAGGUGAUUAUGGAUGCCGCUGCCCUACACGUACACCACCUUCUACCUUGCCACCGACCUACAAACAAACAACAAUAGGGCGAUGUAAAUGCGUUCCAGGUGAUUAUGGAUGCCGUUGCCCUACGCAUCCACCACCAACCACAUGGCGAUGUAAAUGCGUUCCAGGUGAUUAUGGAUGCCGUUGCCCUACGCAUCCACCACCAACCACAUGGCGAUGUAAAUGCGUUCCAGGUGAUUAUGGAUGCCGUUGCCCUACGCUUCCACCACCUUCAGCCUUGCCACCGAACUACAAGCCACCAACCACAGGGCGAUGUAAAUGCGUUCCAGGUGAUUAUGGAUGCCGUUGCCCUAAGCUUCCACCACCUUCAACCUUGCCACCGACCUACAAGCCACCAACCACAGGGCGAUGUAAAUGCGUUCCAGGUGAUUAUAGAUGCCGUUGCCCUACGCUUCCGCCACCAACCAUAGGCUGA